GUUUGAACUUCCAGCAGUGAAAUUCGUCCUGCUAAAUGUGUGGUUAUUUGUUUAUAUAAACGACUAAAACGGCCACAAUUACCUUAUUGAAAUGGAUAUACUGAAAGCUGAGAUCGCAAGGAAAAGGAAACUCCUCGAAGAAAAGCAGCUUGUCAACGACUCCAAAAAAUUCUUCAAAAGGGCUGAUCUUGCACGCAAGGAACAAGAAGAUUACUUCAGAAGAUGUGGAUAUAAGAUUGAUAAGAAGGAAGACGAUGAGCCAUCCACCUCAGCUAAUCCAGUGUUAGAACUGGAACUAACAGAAGAGAAGCUGCCAAUGACACUGUCACGACAGGAAGUAAUUCGAAGGCUGAGAGAACGAGGGGAACCAAUCCGGCUGUUUGGAGAGUCUGACUACGAUGCCUUCCAGAGACUCAGAAAGAUUGAGAUUUUGACCCCAGAAGUAAACAAGGGCUUGAGGAAUGACCUGAAAGCAGCCAUGGACAAGAUUGACCAGCAGUAUCUGAAUGAAAUAGUUGGAGGAACAGAGUCAGGAGAAGUGGACACACAGCACGACCUGAAAGUGCAUGAAGAAAACACCACUAUUGAAGAACUGGAGGCUCUUGGUAAAACCCUGGGCACUGGAGAUGAUGAUGGAGACCAGGAUGUAAUCCACAAGUUUUUGAGGUUUCUUCUCGGUGUUUGGGCCAAAGAUCUCAACAGUCGAGAGGACCACGUGAAGCGAGGUGUUCAGGGCAAGCUGGCCAGUGCAACCCACUCACAGACUGAGUCUUAUCUCAAACCUCUCUUCAGGAAGCUCAGGAAGAAGAAUUUACCAGCUGAUAUCAAAGAGUCAAUCACAGACAUCAUUAAGUUCAUGCUGGAGAGAGAAUAUGUCAAGGCAAAUGAUGCUUAUCUGCAGAUGGCCAUUGGUAAUGCUCCCUGGCCUAUCGGUGUGACAAUGGUAGGUAUCCACGCCCGUACAGGGCGAGAGAAGAUCUUCUCCAAGCAUGUGGCCCACGUUCUCAAUGAUGAGACCCAGAGAAAAUACAUCCAGGGACUGAAGAGGCUAAUGACUAUCUGCCAAAAACACUUCACGACUGAUCCGUCAAAGUGUGUGGAGUACAACGCUCUUUAACCUCUACCUUUCGCUUAACUUGUGUCAAGGUUGUCAGGUCAAUUGUAUCACAUUUCUAAAUGGGUUUUUUUUUUUCACAGCAUGGCAUGACUGAAUUGUGAUUGUGACAGGAAUCUCGCAAAAUCUUGUUUUUCAAUUGCCUUAGAGUGCAUUUUGAAGAGGAACUGUCUGGGAAAAUACGUAACUCAAACCAAGUUUGAGUGUGCAAGAGCUGUUCUGUACAGUCAGAAGUGAGUAAUGAAAACCUCAGAUUUAGCAGUACACACACUCAACAACCCUCUGAGUCUUAUUAGGCGUCUCUUGUGAACUACUGGGAUAAUCGAUGCACCUGUCGUGCCCUGAUAGUCAAAAGUCUUCAGUCCUUUUUGAGAACAUGUCUUUUUAUGAAUGCUGAUGAAUGCAGGACGUUGUUCUGUAAAUGUUGACACCGUAAUUUUUGCGAAGAUUAUUUUCAUGAUGUGGCAAGCAAAGUGUCAUUUGCCAAGGAAGAUCCAGUAGUGUAAGUUUUAUUACACCUGAGAUAUUAUAGAUAUUUCUUAACUCUUUAUUGACAUGCUAAAAUCAAUGCAGAUUCAGUUCAAUGUGGAUGUUUUUAUGUUUAAACCAGUCAACGUGUCCCUGUGCUAUCUUAAUAAGGAAAUAAAAAAGUGUUUUUUC